AUGUCACAGAACGGACUCGCUUUCAACUGUGCUCUUAUCACCGGUGGCGGUGGAGGCAUUGGCCGAGCAAUCGCCGAGUACCUGAUUUCCAAGGGCAAGAAAGUGCUCCUCGUUGGACGAACGGAAUCGAACCUCCAAUCCACUGCCAAAGAGAUUGGCGCUGCUGGGUAUUAUCUCCUGGACACAGGCAAAAUAUCCGAGAUCCCCGAAUUCAUCAAGAAAGUCACAAACGAACAUCCGGAGCUUGACUGUUUGAUUAAUAAUGCUGGAGUUCAGCGCCCAAUUGACGCCUUGAAGAACGACGAUUUCCUGCAGAAGGCAGACGAGGAGAUCAACAUCAACAUCCGCGGCCCUAUGCAUCUCUCCCUUGGUCUGAUCCCGCAUUUCAAAGAAAAGCCCAACGCGCUCAUCGUCAAUUUGACAAGCGGACUUGCCUACAUUCCCUUCUCUGUCAUUAACCCUGUCUACAACGGCACCAAGGCCUGGCUACAUUUCUUCUCCAUGAACUUGCGCACACAGCUCAAGAACACCAGUAUUCGCGUCGUUGAGCUUGCGCCGCCCAUGGUGGCCACUGAUCUGCACCGUGAGCGGGAGAAUCCUGAUGAUAAUAAGAAGGAGAAUGCGCCACAUACCUUAACGCUGGAGGAGUUUAUGGCUGAGAUUACUCCCAAGCUUGAGAGGGGAGAUGAUACUAUCGGUGCUGGCAUGGCGGCUAAGGCGAUUGAUACUUGGUUUGAUGCGUUUGGUGGACGUUAUGAAGAGGCUGCCAAGGCAUACAAAUAG